UGUCUUUUUACUAACUACUUUAUUCCUAACGAUAUGAAUCUUCUUGUUUACGAUUUCAGCACAAGUGCCCACAUACUUUUGCGUGGAUACCACCCACCCACCCCUUUUAAAGUCACAACCCAAUAUCAUCAUUGGUUUCUGAGACUGUUCUUGGAACUGUGUUAUUAGUAAUUACUAUAAUUUACACACAGAAGUGGAGAAUUUUGAGAUAAUAGAGAGAGUGCCCAUAUAGCCUUUUUGGUGGAUUCAGCUCAACCACCUAUUCAAAGUGUCCCUACACACAAACCCAAAUCAUUUAUUGGAUUCUGAGACUGUUCUUGAACUGUGUUCUUAUUGUGGUAAUUUACAUAAAGUGGAGAAAUUUCCCAAGAUAAGAAAAAGAAAAGUUUGAAGCUUUAUUGGAUUCUUUGGUUGAUCACAGAAAGAUUGGAGUUUUGAUUGGAGAUAAAAAGUAUGGGAACUGCAGUGGCUGGCUUGUCUUGUUUCCAAUUCCUCUUCUUUUAUUCACCUAAUUUUGAAAGGAUUGUGAGAGAGACUGUAGAAUAUGAAGAAUGUUAAUUGGGUCAACAAAAGAGGAAGACCUCGGACUAGUUUGAAAGUGCGCAAGAUAAUGAAUUGCCUAUGCUCGUCUGAACAAAUUCUGAUGGACGAAAUAAUCCCAUCUCCUGAAUCCCUUGCAACUAAGGAUUACACAGCAAGUGUUCAUUCAUCACAAGCUGGAAAAGCUGGCCUAAAGCCUGAUACUGGCAAUAUUGAAGAAGCUGAAUCAUCUUUGCGUGAGAGUGGUUGUUUGAAUUAUGAGGAAGCAAGAGCAUUACUAGGAAGAUAUGAAUACCAAAAGGGGAAUAUAGAGGCUGCUCUACAUGUUUUUGAAGGGAUAGAUAUUGCCUCGGUGACUCCUAAGUUGAAAAUCGCCCUUGCCGAAAGAGUGAAAACUCAAAAGAGACGUUCACAGAGUUUUUCUACGCCCCCAAUGUCCAUAAAUGCUGCGAGUUUGCUCCUGGAAGCAGUCUUUCUCAAAGCAAAAUCGUUGCAGGCGCUUCAGAGGUACAAAGAAGCUUCUCAAUCAUGUACAGUAGUUCUGGACAUUCUCGAAUCUUCUUUUCCAGCAGGCUUUCCUGAAACCUUUGGUAGUGACUGUAAAUUGCAGGACACUCUCAGCAAUGCUGUUGAGCUGCUCCCUGAAUUAUGCAAACUUGCAGAUGCUCCUCGAGAAGCAAUUAUGUCAUACCGCCGAGCUCUUCUGCAUCCAUGGAAACUUGAGAUCCAGGCUACUGCAAGGAUUCAGAAAGAAUUUGCCAUUUUUCUUCUCUAUAGUGGAGGUGAAUCAUGUCCACCUAAUCUCCGAUCUCAAAUGGACGGUUCAUUUGUCCCCAGAAACAAUAUUGAAGAGGCUAUUCUUCUCUUGAUGAUUUUGUUGAAAAAGAUUUCUCUACAAAGGAUUGAGUGGGACCCUUCAAUUCUUGACCAUCUCUCAUAUGCAUUAUCUAUAUCAGGGGGUCUAAAGGCUUUGGCUAACAAAGUAGAAGAGUUGCUUCCCAGAACUAUAGAUCGGCAAGAGAUGUAUCUUAUCUUAGCUCUAUGCUAUUAUGGAGAGGAAGAUGACUUCGCUGCAUUGGACUUGUUGCGGAAACUGUUUAGUACAGAGGAUCACACUUGUGUUCCAGGUUUGUUAUUGGCUUCAAAAUUAUGUGCUGAAAUCCCAGAUUGUGCAAACGAGGGGAUAAUUUAUGCUCAUACAGCUAUUGGAAUCGAGCAAGAAAGAUGCAGUCAGUUGAUGGGUGUUGCCAAUUGUGUAUUAGGCCUCUCACUUUCAGCUCAUUCUAGAGCAAUGGCGACAGAUUCCGAGAGGGUUAAGAUACAAUCAGAAGCACUUAAGUCCUUUGAAUCUGCUGGGAAACUGACAAAGAUGAGUGAUGCUAAUGUCAUUUAUCAUCUUUGUCUAGAAAAUGCAGAGCAAAGGAAGUUGGAUGCUGCAGUCCAUUACGCAAAGUGGUUGCUUAAAUUGGAAGGUGGUUGUACUUUGAAAGGGUGGAUGCUGUUGGCUCGGGUAUUAUCAGCUCAGAAACGGUUUAUGGAUGCUGAAACUGUUAUUAAUGUUGCCUUAGACCAAAGUGGAAAGUGGGAUCAUGGAGAACUGUUGAGGACCAAAGCUAAACUCCAAAUUGCGCUGGAUCAAGUGAAAAAUGCUAUAGAAACAUAUACUCAGCUUCUUGCAAUUCUUCAGGUUAAGAGAAAAAGCUUCAGAUUGGGGGAAAAUCUCAAGGAGUUUGGAGACCAUUGCAGAACAUUGGAGCUGGAAAUCUGGCUGGAUCUUGCUUCCAUUUACAUAAAUUUAUCUCAGUGGCGAGAUGCGGAGAUGUGCCUUUCCAAAACUGAGGCCAUUUGUUCAUAUUCAGCUCGGAGAUCGUAUACUGCUGGUUUGCUUAACCAAUCGAAGGGCCUAUAUAAAGCAGCGCUGAGAGACUAUUGGAAUGCUUUGGCUGUUAAUCCGUCCCAUGUUCCAAGUCUGGUAUCAACUGCAGUAACGCUUAGGAAGAUAGGUAAACAGUCUCCUGCAAUUAUUCGAAGCCUUCUUACGGAAGCACUAAGGCUUGAUCGGAUGAAUGCUUCUGCAUGGUAUAAUCUGGGUCUGCUUUACAAGGAGGAAGGUUUAGGUUCAGCAUUGGAAGCUGCUGAUUGUUUUGAAGCCGCUAUUCUUCUGGAAGAAACUGAACCUGUCGAACCAUUUAGAUGACUUCCUCCCUGUAUAUAAUUUAUCACUGAUUUUCACAUUACAAUCUCUGCAGCUGAUGUAUCCAUCUCGCGAGAUGUGAAUUUGUAUUUUAAUGAGGUGAGGAGUGGGAAGAGUAUCAAUAAUGCUUUUGUUUCUUGACCA